AUGAAUCCAGUUUAUUAUCGUCUAACGUAAUUUUAUUUUGAAAACACUGACCGGAAGCAACUAUUGUAUCUAGUCUGACGCGACGCUGGAGCAGGCUGCCCUCUACACCACAUCUCCGCGGUUUGACCGAGAAAUAAUGAUCGCUGAGAAGCAGCAGCAGCAGCAUCGGCGGCAGCGGCGACCGCAGCCCGAGCCCAUGCAGAGCGUUGCUCCCCUGCUCCCCUCUCCGUGAGCAUGACACCGCUCUGGCCUCCUCGUUCUAGCCGCACCGACUCUCGUUCACCGCUCGCAAGAUGUAUUUCAACCGGAGAGCCAAGAAGAUCCACAGCGAGGGAGAGCAGUUAGUGUUGACCACCAUUAGGCAGGAGUCUCCUGAGCUGCAGGACCCAGGCCAGGGCGCCGGUGCUACCAUGCGUGCCCGCCUCGCAGACAGGUUUGACAAAAGACCUGCUUGCUCGUCCGCCGGUUACCGCAAGGCAGAUGAUGAGAUGUCCGGGACCACUUCCCAUGCGGAUCCCGUAGACGCCUCGGCGCGGACGGUGCUUCUCAACCGGCCUCAGAAUACCAAGUUCUGCGACAACCAUGUCAGCACCACAAAGUAUGGGAUUCUCACCUUUCUGCCGCGCUUUCUGUACGAGCAGAUCCGACGUGCUGCCAAUGCCUUCUUCCUGUUCAUCGCACUCAUGCAGCAAAUCCCUGAUGUGUCACCGACCGGUCGCUACACCACGCUCGUCCCGCUUAUCUUCAUUCUCACAGUGGCCGGGAUCAAAGAGAUCAUAGAGGACUAUAAAAGGCAUAAAGCAGACAACACGGUCAACAAGAAGAAGACAACAGUGCUGCGGAGCGGAGCCUGGCAGACAUUUAUCUGGAAACAGGUGGCAGUAGGAGAUAUAGUGAAGGUGACUAAUGGCCAGCACCUCCCAGCUGACAUGGUUAUAGUGUCCUCCAGUGAACCACAGGCCAUGUGUUACAUUGAGACCUCUAACCUGGACGGAGAAACCAACCUGAAGAUCAGACAGGGUCUCCCACUCACGGCUGGGUUUCAGACCCUGGAGGAUUUGAUGGCACUGUCUGGUCGUCUGGAGUGCGAAGGCCCCAACAGACACCUGUAUGACUUCACUGGCACUCUACGGCUGGAAAACCAGAAUCCAGUCCCUCUGGGUCCAGACCAGGUGCUGCUGCGUGGCGCCCAGCUCAGGAACACGCAGUGGGUUGUGGGAAUUGUUGUCUACACUGGCCACGACUCCAAACUGAUGCAGAACUCCACCAAGGCGCCACUGAAGCGCUCUAAUGUGGAGCGGGUGACCAACAUGCAGAUUCUGGUUCUGUUUGGCAUCCUGCUGGUCAUGGCACUGGUCAGCUCUGUGGGCGCAGCCAUCUGGAACAGAGAACACACAGACGAAGCCUGCUGGUACCUGUCCCGGGCCGGCGACAUCUCCCUGAACUUUGCAUAUAACCUACUGACGUUCAUCAUCCUGUACAAUAACCUGAUCCCCAUCAGCCUGCUGGUCACUCUGGAGGUGGUGAAGUUCACACAGGCUCUCUUUAUUAACUGGGAUGUGGAGAUGUACUACUCAGAAACGGACACGCCAGCCAUGGCGCGAACGUCUAAUCUUAAUGAGGAACUGGGCCAGGUCAAGUAUCUGUUUUCCGACAAGACUGGAACUCUGACCUGUAACAUCAUGCACUUUAAGAAGUGUACCAUAGCCGGGAUAACGUAUGGCCACUUCCCUGAUCUUGACUGUGAGCGUUCAAUGGACGACUUCAGUAAUCUGCCAUCCAGCAGCCACAACUCCACAGAGUUUGACGACCCAACUCUGAUUCAGAACAUCGAGAAGGACCAUCCUACAUCGCCUCAGAUCUGCGAGUUCUUGACGAUGAUGGCGGUGUGCCACACGGUGGUUCCAGAGAGGGAGGACGACCAGAUCAUCUACCAGGCCUCGUCCCCUGACGAAGGAGCACUGGUCAAAGGAGCCAAAGGGCUGGGCUUUGUCUUCACUGCCAGGACCCCUGAUUCAGUCAUCAUUGAAGCUAUGGGGGAAGAGAAGAGCUAUGAGCUACUGAAUGUGCUGGAGUUUUCCAGUAACCGUAAACGGAUGUCUGUGGUGGUCAGGACACCCAAUGGGAAGCUCCGGCUGUACUGCAAAGGAGCGGAUAAUGUUAUUUUUGAACGUCUGACCGAAGCGUCUCAGUACAAAGACUUAACAGUUGCUCAUUUGGAACAGUUUGCUACUGAAGGCUUGAGGACACUGUGCUUUGCGUACGUGGACCUGGAGGAAGAUGCGUAUCAGGAGUGGUUAAAGGAAUAUAAUCGUGUCAGCACCAUAAUCAAAGACCGCGCUCAGAAGCUUGAGGAGUGUUAUGAGCUGCUGGAAAAGAACUUAAUGCUGUUGGGUGCCACAGCCAUCGAGGACCGUCUCCAGGCUGGCGUGCCAGAAACAAUUGCCACUCUGAUGAGGGCUGAUAUCAAGAUCUGGGUCCUCACUGGAGACAAGCAGGAGACUGCCAUCAAUAUAGGUUACUCCUGUCGCCUGGUGACACACGGCAUGUCCCUCAUCAUCGUCAACGAGGACUCGCUGGACGCUACUCGUGACACGCUGACAGCUCACUGCUCCUCCCUCGGCGAGUCUCUGAAGAAGGAAAACGAGCUGGCGUUGAUCAUCGAUGGCCAGACAUUGAAAUACGCCCUGUCCUUUGAGCUCCGCCAGGCCUUCCUUGAUUUGGCAUUGUCCUGCAAAGCCGUCAUCUGCUGCCGAGAUGCAGGGAGUGAGGUAGUGAGGAGGAAGUUCUCCUACUUGGAGAAGCUUCUGCUGGUCCACGGGGCGUGGAGCUAUAACCGCGUCACAAAGUGCAUCCUCUACUGUUUCUACAAGAAUGUGGUCCUCUACAUAAUAGAGCUCUGGUUUGCCUUUGUGAACGGGUUCUCUGGCCAGAUCCUCUUUGAACGCUGGUGCAUAGGCCUCUACAACGUGAUAUUUACCGCUCUGCCUCCGUUCACUCUGGGGAUAUUUGACCGGCCGUGCAGCCAGCAGAACAUGCUCCGCUUCCCGCAGCUCUACCGAAUAACCCAGAAUGCCGAGGGCUUCAACACCAAAGUGUUCUGGGGACACUGCAUCAAUGCACUGAUUCAUUCAAUUAUUCUCUUUUGGUUUCCACUCAAAAUGUUAGAGCACGACUCUCCCUUCAGUAACGGUCAGGGAAACGACUACCUGUUUGCAGGAAACAUGGUCUACACAUAUGUGGUCGUUACAGUGUGUCUGAAAGCUGGAAUGGAGACCACAGCUUGGACCAGGUUCUCCCACCUGGCGGUAUGGGGAAGCAUGGUGCUCUGGAUCGUCUUCUUCGGUGUCUACUCCGCCAUCUGGCCCACCAUCCCUAUUGCUCCUGACAUGCUGGGCCAGGCUGGCAAGGUGAUGCAGUGCUGGCACUUCUGGCUGGGCCUGGUCUUGGUGCCUGCUGCGUGUUUACUCAAAGACUUCGCUUGGACGGCCGCACGCCGCUCUGUGAGGAAGUCUCUUCUCGAGGAGGUGCAGGAGCUGGAGGCGCGGUCCGUUGACCCAGGCGCAGCUGUCCUUAGAGAUGCCAGCAGCCGCAGUCUAAACGAACGGGCCCAUCUGCUGACAAGAGUCUUUAGGAAAACACCUUCAAGUGUAGGACGCUCAAACUCUGUGCAGCAGACUGUGUCACAUGGCUAUGCCUUCUCUCAGGAGGAGCAUGGUGUGGUGUCUCAAUCCCAGGUAGUGCGCUCUUAUGACACCACCCGCCAGCGCCCCAGCCUCUAGCCCCAUCCCGGAUCAAAGCUUUGGCUCACUGAAGCAAGAAUUUGUCAAGGUGACAGCGGAGAUAGACUUAAGUGACACCCUCACGCCGGGUGACCGACCCCUGCUGUGGCCUUACUGGACAGUGACCUGACCCCUUGCCAGGGACGGAAGUCAUGGUCAGGCAUGGAGGCCGUCGCUGGCGCUUGGAGGACUGACUCGGGAGAAGGGACCAGGCCGGAUAUACGGACUAACCAUUGUUAUAACUCACAAAGGCUGCACAGGCAUGAGCAAUCAUAUCCAUGCACAGACGUGACAAGUCAAACUCAGAGACUGCUACUCAUAUCUGUAUAUCCCUCAGACUGAGUUUGCUUUAUGCCUACGUGUGUGCGCGCAAGCGUGUGUGUGUGUGCGCGUUCCAGUGCGUCUCUGUCUGCCUGUGCAUGUGUGUCUGCACGCAUUGGCGCUCCCGUGUUCGUGUGCAUGCGUGUGUCGAUCCAUGUGCGUUCGCAUCCACCGUUCCCUCUCAUUUCCCGUCUGUCAUCACAUGCCGAUGUGGAAGGGGACGUCAAAAUAAAGUCGCACUCGCUCGCUCGCUCACACGCAUACAGGCGCGAAGAAUUCCUUAAAAUUAGAGGGUGGGAAGCAUAUACCGAGGACCCGCCAGAGCCCUGCACCCCCAGCUACAGGCCCCCUCUCUCUCUCUCUCUCGUAACAUCUCAGCAUCGAGCCUCACUGCCAAACACCAUAAAGAUGCCACUGAGGCAGAACGCUCACCAAACCGGACCACAACCCUGCCACAGCCCCUCCUACCCCACUGAGACCUCCUCUUGCUUUAGCUCUCCCUUCAUUCCUUCCUUAUCUCUCCAUCUCAUAGCCGCUUUGCAGCCUCCGUGUCCCUCUCCUCCUUUUCGCAAGUUUAAAGAAAUCCAUUUUGUUUUAUUUUCUGACCUCUCCCGUGACUCCAGACGUCGCCCGUCUACCACCGUCAGCUGACGUGGAAGCAGCAUGACUGGCAUUAGCGCUUCCUCUUUUAUUUCUGUUGCAUUUCCACUCUUUACUGGACUGUUUCUUUCUC